CGUGGUGGGGUGCUCGGGACGGGGGGUUGCUGAAUGCGGGCCUCCGAGGCCAGGGUUGCGAGGCGCGACUCCGCAGCAGGGGCCCGUGCUGCGCCGGCACUUGAGGCGCGAGCCGCUGGCCGCGGUGGGUGGGGAGGAAGACCCGACCGUCGGGCCUGGUGAGCUAGGCAGGGUCCCUGCGCUGCUCCGGAGGCUGGAGCCGCGGAGGGCAGGCCCCGACGGUGGGGGCCCGCCCCUGCACCGUGAUGGGCGUGCUGCCUAGGGUCGGGAUGCAGGUGGUAAGGACUACGGACAGGGACACGUGGCCUCCUGCCGGAUCUUGGAAUAGGAAGGCGCGUUUCUUGGGGAAUGUUUUGUGAACGGUUUCCGGGAAAACGGUUUUUGAGUAAACUGUGUUGUGAAAAUGCGGUCUGUUCUAAAGAUCUGUAAUAGGAAGACAGCUCUAACCUCCAGUAUACCCCGUGCCAUUGCCCCCAAUAUUUGUUAAAUUUCGUGUUUGAGCAUUUAUCUAAUUAAUUCUUAGGUCUUUGCAUUUUAAAGAACUACCAACCAAUCCUAAGGUUACUGUGAGUCCGCCGGACAGUUUGCAAAUCUCCAAGACUUGCGUUGACCUUCAUGUUUUUCCGUAUUUGAGAUGUUUUGCCAUUUUAUCCUAGGGUUUCUUUCUUCAUCGCUCAGUUGUCCUCAAGCAUACUAAAGACUAAACACAAAAGCGGAAGAACGCCGGCAUCCUCUAUAAGGGAGAUGCGGUAGUGAAACAAGACUUCUUUCGGGGUUUUUUUGCCCAUUACUCUUAAGAUCUCCCAAGGAGAUUUUGAAAAGGGAAACAUAGGGCACCACUGUGUGGUCUGUGAGCCUUACACUGAAAAGUUUGAGAAUUCAGGACUUAAAAAGUAAAUAUGCCAAGGAAGAGGUUGCACGGUGACAUUGAUGAAUCGUGCGUAGGGUGAAUGAGAAGAGGCUACAAAUGGAUAUCCAGGAUUUUGGAUUGAGGUGGUAAAUCGUGAUUAUUUUUCCUGGUAUGCUGAGGCAACACUGCCUUCUGGCUUUGAGUUACUCCAAGGAGUUUACGUCUGCUGCAGCCUUUGGCCAUUAAUUGUACGUGAAUACUUGUACAUACAUGGUUAGUAAAAUUACAUUUUGUUUUAUGAGAAGAUGUUUAAUACUCUUUAUGGAAAUGACAGUAUCGUUCUGGAAUCUUAAUCCACUGGAUAGAUUUAGAAGACAACUGAAAGAUGGAAGCCAUUCAGUUUCCAGAUUUUAGAAUUUGAUUGGAAAAUGAUAAUUCCUAUGUAAGAAUGUUAAGGGCUUUGUAUAUAAUUUUGCCUUAAUUUACAUAAAAUGGCAUAAUACGACUACAUUAAAUUUUGUAUUACUGGGAUACUAGCUGAUUCUGUUGGCAUUUGUUCAGAGACUACAUUUACUGAAUUUUCAGAACUCUGAAGCAAACAAGUGGUGAAUACAAUUUGGAGAGGACUUGGGGGAGAAUAAGUAACGAAUUUUUUCAACCUAUAAUGGCAUCUAAUUCAGCUGUAGAAAUUGACAAUGAAAGUGAUAAUUCUUCUGGUAGCAGCUUAUUUAAGACUCAGUGUGUCCCUUACUCACCAAAACAGGGGCAAAGAAACCCUAUUAGAAAGUUUGUUCGUUCAUCUGGAGGUGUUGAAGCAAGAGAUUCAUCUAGUGACUCCUCUUUUGAACCAAGACCACUGACUUUAAAAGCUAUUUUUGAAAGAUUCAAAAAAAAGAAACGUAAAAAGAGGAAAUAUAAGCCAAAAGAAAGACCAAGGGGAAGACCAGAAGGAAGAAAAACCACUAGACGCUCCCAAAUAAAUAAGAAACAAGUUAAAGACAAAGGAUCUGGGUUCCCAUUUUUAGAAUCUGAGAAUGUAAAAAAGCCAUUACCAUGGAGAAAGAUUUUAAGCUUUGAGCAAGCGGUGGCAAGAGGAUUUUUCAACUACCUUGAAAAAUUGAAAUAUGAAUACUAUCUCAAGGAAUCCUUGAAACAAAUGAAUGUUGGUGAAGAUUUAGAAAGGGAAGAUUUUGACAGUCGUAGAUACAAAUACUUGGAUGAUGAUGGAUCUCUCUCUCCUAUUGAAGAGUCAGAAACAGUGGAAGAGGCUGCAACAACUCUUGAACAUGAUGAUGGAUGUGAUAUAAAAUUGGUGGACAAUAAUGAAUUCAUAGUAAGUUCUGAAAUACCAAAGAAAAUGAAUCUGUAUUUAGGACAAGAGGAAUAUACUGAAGAAGCUGCUUCGUCUAAAAAGAGAGCAUCAAAGUCCAAAAACAUGGGACAGAGGAUAGAAUGGUCUGAAAAGGAAGAGAUAGGAAUAUGAAUAUUAAGGUAAAUGGGAAACAACUUUUCAUAGAAAGUAAAGGUGAUAGAAGCAAAUUACCUACCUAUGUUGGUGUAGUGAUAGAACCUGGUUAAGGAGAAAAAAAUCUCUGAACAAGUUAUGAAACUCCUACUAAAGAAUUAUUAGAAAAAAUACUUUAAAACAGUGAAAUAAUACAUAAUAAUACAUGUAGAAAAAAUUGAGACUUGCAUAGCACCAAAUAAGUAGAAGAUCUUACUGUUUUGCCUAUAUUUGUUUAUUUCAGAGUUUGCAAAAAUCAAGACUUUAAGAUAUGGAAGUUUUUUCCUUUGUGGUUCUAUAGUAGCUACUUGCUACUUUAAUACUUGGUCUUUAUCUCCAUAUAGACUCAUUCCUUGUAAGCAUUUUAAAAAUUCUUACCUUGUAAUUUACAGUGACUUCUUUCAAUCUGUUGUAAAUGGAAGGAUAUUUGAGCAUUCAAAUUAAAGAAAUUAGAGACUGUAAUCCUGAAACCUUUAUUGUAAUCACUAAUGAUGGACAAACAACCACAACCAUCGAUUCCUCUGAGUACUUAAAGCCUUUUAUCUUUUUUUUUUUUUUUAAGAUUUUACUUAUUAGAGUAAGAGCAUGAACGUGGGGAGAAGCAGAUUCCUUACCGAGCAGGGAAUCUGACACAGGGUCCAAUCCCAGGACUCCCAGGAUCAUGACAUGAGCCAGGCAGGCACGACUGAGACCAUUUUGAUCACAGUUAUUCAGACAACAGAGACCUUUAGAGUCGAAUGUAUAGUACUGUAAUAAGCACUUAUAAGAUAGUUAGACUAUCUCAACUACUACUUUCUUAUCACUAUUGUAUAUUGCUAAUUAAAUUAUGCCACUAAAUAUCUAGUUUUUUAGGGAUCGCACUUGUACAUGUUUUUGUUUAGCUGUGAACAAAGACUUAGACUAAGUGCAAAAAAUAAAUCCUCUUUUGCAACCCAGAACUCAUGGCUCAGUAUGAGUUCUGAUACAGAUAAGAAGGAACAAGAUCCCUAAAGCAGAUUAAAGUGAUGGUGGGGGUAUUGAUAAACUGAAGGUAGUUCCUAGGCUGUAGAACUACUAAUGGCAUAGAUAUAAGGGAAAUGUCAGCUAUGUUGAAUUGGUAUUCUAAUUUUAACAUUGACAUGAAACAAAGAUGCCUUCUUUUUUUAGGCUUUUCACUUGAAAACAGUGUCUGGACUUAAAGGUAUGUCUUCUGCUUUAGGUGAGCUUUUGUAUCGCAUUUGUUUAAAUGUACUUUGUCAGACAACUUAAAACCUCCACAGUUUUGUUUUUUGUUUUUUUAAAGAUUUUAUUUAGGGAUCCCUGGGUGGCGCAGCGGUUUGGCGCCUGCCUUUGGCCCAGGGCGCGAUCCUGGCAGACCCGGGAUCGAAUUCCACACCGGGCUCCCGGUGCAUGGAGCCUGCUUCUCCCUCUGCCUAUGUCUCUGCCUCUCUCUCUCUGUGUGACUAUCGUAAAUUUAAAAAAUAAAAAAAUAAAGAUUUUAUUUAUUCAUGAGAGACACAGACAGAGGGAGAAGCAGGCUCCAUGCAGGGAGCCUGAUGUGGGAUUUGAUCCCCGGACUCCAGGAUCACGCUCUGGGCUGAAAGCAGGUGCUAAACCGCUGAGCUACCCAGGGAUCCCCCUUCCACAGGUUUCAUUCCUGAAAGACAUUUUCCCAGUUUUAAAUUUCUGUUUAUAACAUGAUUUCAGAAAAAUGAAUUUUAGGGUUCACACAUUUUACAGUGAUAAGUGCAAGCUUCAGUUUACUUGCAGGAAAAGGUGUUUAUGAACUAAGUUUAUAAAAAUCAGAAUACUGGAUACCUGUUUUAUGCAUUUACUUUAUUUUAAAACUAAUGCAUCAAAAAAAUAAAAUAAAACUAAUGCAUCAUCUAAAAUGAAGUGUAGGAUUUAAUAGUGUGAUGUUAGAAAUGAUAGAGGACACAAGAUUUCCUAAAUCUGAAUGAUGCAAAGAUUAAUUAGAAAGCACUCAAUUUAUCUUCCAAUAACUUCCUAAAUGGGAAAAACAUAAAUACAGCCACAUUAAUAUUUUCCUGUAUUUUUAAUAAAUGAUAUCAAAUAACUAGCUCUCAGAUGAGGCAGAAAAUUAAAUUGGUAGAAUCUGGAAUGUUCUAGACAAAACAUGGUGAUAGUAGAGUUUGCAAAAUCAAGACUUUAAGAAUCUUUUUCCUUUGCUGGUUCUCUUUAGUAACUACUUGGUACUUCACCUUUAGUACUUGGUUUUCUUUUUUUUUUUAGUACUUGGUUUUCAUCUCAGUACAGACUCAGACUCCUUUCCGUAAACAUUUAAAAAAAUCCUUAUGUAAUUUUUUAUGGAAUGAUUUCUUUAAAUUUGUCAUCAGUGGAUGGUGUUUGGCUUUUUGCACAAUUUCGAACUCAGAGCAGAUCACAGUUAUUUUUGUAGUAGAAUCUUUAAAAAAUGUAAAGGGUUUGAGGUCUAUCCCGAUGGGGCUUUUUCUGUAGACCUACAUCGUUGGAAACGCCUCAUAGAGUAUAUGUGUGGUUUCCUUUAUUCACAGAACUAUAUGUUAGAUCUGUGGGAAAGAACUACAAGACAUCUAUCGGCUAAAACUCUGUGAAAGACCUAAUCACAUCUUUUAAAUCUUAGGUAUUGGCGUAUCCCAACAAUCUGUACAGUUCUAGGGUGUGAUAGUUUAGGGGUGAAUACGAUUUGAACUCAUUCAUGUUUAGAGGUAGGUGGAACGUAUAAUUUCUGUUGAAAUUUUUUUUUCUGUUGAAGUUUAUUAAGGAUCCAAAAGUUCUGAAAAAAUAACAAGUUGUGAGUACAGCAUAGUCUAGUGUUACGCAGGAGUUAAUUUGAUAUGCAACAGAAGUAUCUAGAUCUUCUACAGAAUUGGGCAAACUGAAGAGACUGCUUAUGUAUAGAGAAUAACAUGAAAAUGCCCCUCUCUUUGAAUCUUUAUUAAACAAGUUUUGUGGUUCAUCCUAAUAAUGAAUAUCUGGAUACAUUGCAAAUAGGGAUAUAUUGGAUUUUCUUAUUUUGCCUAAUAGCAAUCUGAGCAACUGUGAUCCUGAUUUCUAAUGCAUGAUUUCUUCUAGUGAUUUGACUUAAUAGUUCUGUAUGUACGUUAUAUAAAGAUAGGAAAGAUAACAGGAACUAGGUUUACAAAUUAAGAUGCACAUAAGAUGGAAUGAUAAUUAGGAACAAAGGUCAAAAAAAGGAAUAAAGGUCAAAAUACUUUAUAAGAACUAAAGUUUCUUGAAGUUUCUCAGGUAGUAGCAUUGCGGUCUUGAGGUAGAGGGGUUUACAGUCUAGUCAGGAUUGCACUGCAUGGUAUCUGCACUUAGCAGCUCAGGUCCUGCUGGGUGUUCAAAAGACAGUGCAAUAGAAAUUCAGUAUCUGGCAUCGUUGGUUUUCUUGGCUUUGUGCAUGUUAAACCUGGUAUUUUUAUUGAAACAGUAUUCCUAUAGUUUUUCAUUAUGUUCAGUUUUGAGGUACUCUUAAGAGGAACUAAUGCUUCUCUUUUUCUAGGAUGUUUGAGAACCAGGAAGAUCAUUUAUCUAUUUAGACCCUAAAUGGGUAAGGCUUUCUAUCUCUUGCUUCUAGUGGCUGCUUUCUUUUGGUUGGGAAAACAGCAGGACUUCUAUAAAGAUGUAGAAGCCUUUGUAUAGAUUAUAAGCUUGAGAAUUUUUAUAAAGCCUCAUUCUAGAUGGAAAUGGGCACGGUCCUUCAUGGUGUCCAGAAAUUGUUAAUGUGGCUACAUUGAGACACAGGUUAUGCUUCCAUCAUAGCAAGUUUAUUGCUGUGGUGACAAUGAGGCCUGUAACAUUUUGUUAGGCUCAUGGGACAGAGUAGAAGUGAGACCUUUCAGUAUUUUAGGUCAUUUGCCAAAAUAGCAAUCUGUACGUCUGCAAUUUUCUAGGGCUCUAAAGAAAUUGGACCUCAAAGAUUACAGGUGAGAUUUCCCUUCAAAAGCCCUUUGUUAUAGGAGAUGGAAUCCAUUUAUUUACUUAAUUUUGCAGCAGCUAAUUCUAGUGGUUCAUUAUCUCACCACUUUAAAAAAAAAAACCUAGAUGUUAUUAAAAGGACACAGUGAGUGUUUAUAUGGUUACCAGUGAUUUGUGAUGUUAUGAUGACAGGCAAAAUGUUCAACUGCUCUGAAUGGGCUGAAUGAAAGUAGCCUUUCUGAACAUCCAUCUAAAUGUAAAAGUUAACUGAACCAUGAAUAGCUACUUUUGGUGUUAAUUAUUACAGGGCGUUUCGUGUCAGGGUAUGAAUGCAGAUGUAGAUAUAGCCUUAAUUUGUUCCAACAUUUAAAUGAACUGAAUUAAACAAUUAUUCCAACUGUAAUUUUUAGUGUGGAAUUUUCAGCCCAUAACUAGUACAGAACUGAGUUUUGGGAUACUUUGGAACCUGUAUGUAAUUAACUGCAUUUUGAAAAAUUUAAACUUUAAAAUCUUCCAUAGUGGGGAGUUUUUGAAGUAUGUCCAUAUUCAAGUGGAGAUCCAAGAAGACCUCUGGCAAGUUUAUUCUGUAUUUUAACCAUAUAAUGGUCAUUACCAAGGCUUUGAGAAUGCAGUUUCUCAUUUGCUGUGGACAUGACCAUAAAAAAAUUUUCCCAUUAGGUUUUCUUCCUUUUUUGCUAGUUUGCUAGCAUUCAGCCUAUUGGGAACAUUUUUAUCAACCCCAUUCUGUUUCCACUGCCUAGAUCAGCACUGUCCAGUAUAAAUUAACACAGGCCAUAAUGUGAUUUGGUAGUAGCUAUAUUUCAAAUUCUCAUCUGACUACAUGGCUAUUUUAUUGAACAGUGCAUGCCUAGAUCUCUACUCUUGCAGAUGUCUUUUGCUUAAUCCUUCUGUUGUUAACAAUCAUGCAUGUUUCUGUUACGUAGGACAGUGACGGCUGUGGAUUGAACAAAAGUUUGUUUUAAAAGUGCUAUUUUGGUUGAAGAUCAUCACUCUGGCUUUGGUGGAACUAUGGUGAUUGGCGGCAGAAGGAAUCACAUGUCAAAUAUCUUAAAUAAAAAUAUCUUAAAUAAAAAUUUAUUAAUUUUAAAUAA